AUGCUCUUCCAAGAAUCGUUUCACGAGGUUCCCACCACGGCCGAUGGCCAGGGGACCAUGGCGCACAUCUUCGUCAUAAACUCCCCUACUUACUCCUUGCCAGGAAUAUACGUUUUCCACCCCACAAUCCCAGGCUAUCCCAAAGCUCGGUUCCCGGGAGUUGUUGUCUUCAGCGAGAUCUACCAAGUAACGGGGCCUGUGGCGCGGUUUGCCCGCCAGAUUGCUGGGCAAGGGUACAUCUGUGCGGCACCAUCGAGCUACCACGAAUUCACGGGCCCGGAGCCCUUGCAGUAUAAUGCUGAGGACACGGAUAAGGGCAACGAGUGGAAGAUCAGCAAGAAACUGGCCGCCUAUGAUGAGGACGCUAGUCUGAGCGUGGACUACCUGCUCUCGCUGCCGACCUGCAAUGGUCGCGUCGGUGCUACUGGUAUGUGCCUGGGUGGACAUCUUGCCUACCGCUGUGCGCUCGAUAGUCGGAUCAAGGCGGCUGUGUGUUACUUUGCGACGGAUAUUCAUAGCAAGACCCUCGCUGCGGGCAAGAAUGACGACAGUCUUGCGAGAACUGGGGAUAUCAAGGGCGAGCUUCUGAUGAUCUUCGGCAAGAACGAUACCCAUGUCCCUCCCGAGGGCCGUGAUCUGAUCCGCAAGACUCUUCAUGAUAAGGGAGUCUUGUUCAGUUUCUAUGAAGUUGCUUGGGCUCAACAUGCAUUUAUUCGGGAUGAGCUCAGCAAGGGCCGAUAUGACCCCGCCAUUACUAAAUCCUGUUUUGAGAUGUUGCUUGAGUUGUUUGGACGCACCUUGAAACUAGAUUUGGGAGAGCAUGAUGGCAAAGAGCUGGUAGUUGAGGAUGUGUGUUAA